AAUGCGCAGGCGCAGUGGGCACAGUCCCCUCAGCGCAGUUUUCCCGCCGAAAAGCGACAAGAUGGCGACCGCGCCUUCGCUGUGAGGAGAGAAGGAGCCUCACGCUGUCACCCUUGGCCCGUUACUGACUGAGGACGCAGAUGUUUUUCCUCUGCUUGCUUCCCGAAACGCACACAGCCUGUUAACGGUGUGGGCAGCAUGAGUCACGGCUGUUGGCCAACGUACCAGAAUGUGCUGUGGCUUCCUCCGUGGUCUCACUGGAUUUCUCAGCCCAUUCUGCGUACCCACCUCCUGCUCAUCCCAUCCCAGUUCUGCGGAGUCCCACCCCACCACGGUGCAGCUUUUCCUGCCACUUACUGUUUCUAGUAGGCAAAGCCACAUAGCACAGCAAAAUGAAAAGUGGCAGAGACAGCUUUACCGUACCUGUGGCCGGCUGCAGGAAGCACAGCGCCGUCAGGACUCCCACUCCCCAGGAAGCGUUUGCAAGAGGUGAAUCUCAUCAUCAUCAUCGUCGUUUCCUGUGAAACAUCUGCCCUGAAAUCUGGGCUGCGCUGGACGAAACUCCCCCCGAUUUUAGCAGGGCUGAGAACCUGUCCCAGGAAAAACCAGUGAGCUGUUGGCGUCAACCGGGGGCGGGUUGGAGGGGGGAGCCGGUGCCGCGAGGUGUCGCUGCCUGUCAAACAAAAUCCCCGUGUUCCUCCCAGCGCCAGACUCUCAUCUACACCUAUUGAAAAACCUGGCAAGCUUCACUAAAACUCCUCCCACCCUCUGUAUCUCCUCGCACCCUCCCGCGCAGUGGCUGGUGGUGUGAUGCUGCUGCUGCCUCUGGUGACACCUGCUCCCGAGCUGAGCUUCCCGCUCAUGGCUCCCGAGGCGCCUGCACCCCGCAUAACAUCCCUCAUCGCUCCUCCAGAACGUAGCCCCGUAUCCCUCCCAACACGGACGUGUACACAGGAAGAAAGGCUGUUAACAUAUGAACAUCUGCUCUUCAAAACCAAAAUACCUCAGCGAUGCAGACGUCGUGUCAGCCGCACGGAAGCACGUGAAGAACAGUGAAUUCCCCUGUCCUGGGCUUCCCUCAUCCUGCGGCAAGAGAAGAUUUCAAUCAGAACCAGCAUCUCUGCAGCUGCCUGAACCGAGGAGACACCGGGAUCCACACGCUCAUUGUGCUUCAGCCGGAGUCCGAAUCUGAGCCCGAUCUCUGCCGCUGGGAUCCAGCCCGCUGGCUGAUGAAGGCUUUUCCCGCGGAGGUUGGGAUCCCGUGCCUGCCGUUCCCUGCGUGCUCUGCCUCGGUGUUUUCUCCUCCUUCACUUUUGUUGCUGGAAUCUGGUGGGUUGCUCCAGAGCUCUUGCCUGGGUGGUAUUUCUGCAGCCGGUUCCCAAACGGCGUGUGUCUGGGCUCCCCUUCUGGGCUGCGCCGCGGAAGGCAGGACAGCGUGCGUGAACGGUACUAGAAGAGAGAAGUCACCCGAAUUUACCGGCUGCAGGGAUUGGGGAAAUAUGUCGAAUGAACUUGAUUUUAGAUCCGUGCGUCUGAUGAAGAAUGACACCAUGAACUUCCAGAAAUUCCCCUACACCAAUGAAGAUGAAGCCUGGAAAACCUACCUGGAGAACCCCUUGACCGCAGCCACCAAAGCCAUGAUGAGGGUGAACGGAGACGACGACAGCGUGGCCGCCCUCAGCCUCCUCUACGACUACUACAUGGUCCCGAAGGAGAAGAGGAUUCUUCCCUCUGGUGUGAUGGGACGGAAUGAACUAGGAAAGAGGCACUGCCACGGAAUGGAGUACGACCCAGAGAUCGCAGCUUUUGAUGGCUCAGCCCACCUCAUGAAGCUCUUGUCCGAAAACGUUUCCAUGACCCAAGAAUAUUGCGAGCCACAGAAGAAGAACGGCUUAAAUCUGGAAGGUGUCCCUGCUCCUCACAAGCCGGCCAUGCUCCCACCGGGCACCAGCAAGCUGGAUGCCACCCCAGACAACUACAUGGUCCCUCCAGGGGACGUGUAUGACACCAGCUCGUUGAAUUCCCUCUUCGAGACCAUCCCCGUGGCCCCGGCGCAGCAGAGGUGGCAGCCAGACAGCACCUUCAAAGAGGAUCCCCAGGAGUCGCUGCUCUUCAGCGAGAUCCUCAAACCCCAGCCAGAGCCUCCUUGCCCUGAGAGUUACACUGCGGACGGUGUUAAGAGUGACUUUGAAUACACGCUGGGGUCACCCAAAGCCAUUCACAUCAAAUCUGGGGACUCUCCCAUGGCCUACCUCAACAAAGGACAGUUCUACCCCAUCACGCUGCGGACAGCUGGAGACAGCAAAUGUUUACACUUGUCCUCAAAUAAAGUGAAGAGCGUUGUGAUGAUUGUUUUUGACAACGAAAAGGUCCCGACAGAGCAGCUCAAGUUCUGGAAGCACUGGCACUCCCGCCAGCCCACGGCCAAGCAGAGAGUCAUUGACGUCGCUGACUGCAAAGAAAACUUCAACACAGUGCAGAACAUCGAGGAGCUGGCCUACAACGCGCUGUCCUUCGUCUGGAACGUCCACGAAGAAGCAAAGGUGUUUAUUGGGGUGAAUUGUCUGAGCACAGACUUCUCCUCCCAGAAGGGAGUGAAAGGUGUCCCGCUCAACCUCCAGAUCGACACCUACGACUACGGCAACGGGAGCAGCCAGCUGGUGCACCGCGCCGUCUGCCAGAUCAAGAUCUUCUGCGAUAAGGGAGCAGAGAGGAAAAUGCGGGACGAUGAAAGGAAACAGUUCAGAAGGAAAGGAAAAUGCCUGGACUCCAAUAACAAUGGUCUGAAAGGCUGUUUGCUCUCUGGCUUCAGAGGGAAUGAAAUCACGUUCCUGAGGCCAGAGACCGACCUCGAAACCCAACCGGUCCUGUUCAUCCCCAACGUCCACUUUUCAAACCUGCAGAGGUGUGGCACGGUGCUCCCUCCUGCUGUUCCCAACUCUGCAAACAGGCUGCCCGUGAAGCGGAGCGGCGCCUCCUUCACAGACGAGUUUGACCCAAUACCUCCAAAGCAAACUAAGGAAGAAGAUCCGCAGAGAGUCUUGUUGUACGUGCGGAGGGAGUCGGAGGAGGUGUUCGAUGCUCUCAUGUUGAAGACACCAGAUCUCCAGGGCCUCAGGACAGCUAUUUCAGAAAAAUAUGGGCUUCCUGAAGAAAGCAUUUAUAAAGUCUACAAAAAAUGCAAAAGAGGGAUCCUGGUGAACAUGGACAACAACAUCAUCCAGCACUACAGCAACCACAUGGCCUUUCUCCUGGACGUGGUGGAAGCAGAGGACAAGUUCCAGAUCAUCCUCAAAGAGCUAUAAAGAGCCACAGGCAGCACUUACCGGGACUUCUCUCAAAGCCGGCAAGCUUGACCCAACAGAGCUCAGCCUAGUGCCUUGACUUCUUGCCUUUACUUGAAAUCACUGCCGCUGGGGCUGGCCUGGGCCUCCCAGUGCCAGGCCGGAGACUGCUUGGAAGAUCUGUUACUGAUGUGAACGUGGAACUUCUCUCUGAGUUUAUUAUUAUUAUUUUUUAUUUUAUUUUAUUCCCUUCUGGCGAUGGGCCUGACCUUCUGUUUCACAGCCGGGAGCGCGCAGCUGCGCUGACACGGCUGUCAGAGCCCGGGCAGGGGCAGGAGCCGCCCCUGCUCGCUGCUUGGCCCGUGACGGAUCCAACCCCGGGCCCUGGCGUCCUCCCAAGCACCAGUCAUGCAGAACCUUCAAACCAUUUCCAGCGGGGCUGAGCGCAGCUCUGCGCCCCGCUCUGCCCGCAGGGACUUUCACAGCGGCAUUUAAACCUCGCCGUGUUUCGGACACUGCCGCUCCCGUGCCCCCCUCACUCAUUGUAAAUACCACGAAGGCCUCCAUAGCCCUUGUUUAUACAUUUCUGAUGUAUUGUUCCUUUUAUAUUUUAUAUAUGUAUAAAUAUGCAUUGUUUUAUAUUUGACACAGUACGGUGACACAGAGCAUUUCAAACACAGGCUGCUUCACAUUUCUCCGUGAACUCCUUUUGUAACUGUGUUGUUGGUUUUGUUGUUUUGGAUAUUCUGUAGUAAUAAAGGUUGAAAGAUGGAAAGUGAA